GCGUUUAAUCUGAAGGUUUCCUCAUUGCCAUACGAGAGUGACGUCGUCGUUUGUGCUGCUGGCAGAACGAAGGUCUCUGAACUACCGGAUCAACAUGGAGAGAAAAGUUCUAGCACUUCAAGCAAGGAAGAAGAGGGCGAAAGCAAAGAAGUCGAGCAAGAAACAACCAGCCCACCCCAGGGGGGCAGCACCACAGCAGCAGCCCCAGCCAGAGGCUUCUCCCCAGGAGCCAGAUGAGCCUGAGGAGAUCCUAGGAUCUGAUGAUGAGGAGCAGGAGGACCCCAAUGACUACUGCAAGGGUGGCUACCACCAUGUAAAGAUAGGAGACCUGUUCAAUGGGAGGUACCAUGUGAUCAGGAAGCUGGGCUGGGGACACUUCUCCACUGUGUGGCUGGCCUGGGACAUCCAGGUGAAGAGGUUUGUGGCUAUGAAAGUGGUGAAGAGUGCAGAGCAUUACACAGAGACGGCUGUAGAUGAGAUCAAACUGCUCAGUUCUGUGAGAAACACGGACCCUGACGAUCCCAAGAGGGAGAUGGUGGUUCAGCUACUGGAUGAGUUCAAGAUCUCCGGCGUCAACGGGACUCAUGUGUGCAUGGUGUUUGAGGUGCUGGGGCACCACCUACUGAAGUGGAUCAUCAAGUCCAACUACCAGGGUCUUCCUCUGCCCUGCGUCAAGACCAUCAUACGACAGGUUCUCCAGGGGUUGGACUACCUUCACACCAAGUGUGAGAUCAUCCACACUGACAUCAAGCCAGAGAACAUCCUGUUGACGGUGAAUGAGCCAUACGUGAGGAGGUUGGCCGCGGAGGCUACGGAGUGGCAGAAAGCAGGGGCUCCCCCACCCUCAGGGUCCGCAGUCAGCACAGCUCCAGCUCCAAAAGCAACGACCAAAAUGUCCAAGAACAAGAAGAAGAAAUUAAAGAAGAAGCAGAAGCGUCAGGCGGAGCUGUUGGAGAAGUGCAUUCUGGAUCUGGAAGAGAUGGAGAAGGCUCCGGAGAGGGAGGAGGAGGAGGAUGAUGAUGAAGAGGAUCCGGAGUCUCCCGUAUCUCCCAAGCAGCAGCGGCCAUAUUGUGCUCCUCUCAGACAGGUCUCCUUACAGGAAGUAGCCAGCCAAGACACAGCAGGAUGCAUUGCGGGUGCAGAGGUGACGCGGUUAGGACCAGAAGGGAUAAUAACAGACGCAGAAGUGAACUGUAACGGCCUUCAUCCUGAGGAAGAGGACGAUAAAACGGAGGAGAGGAAGGCACAGUGGAGAGAGCAAGACCAACACAACGGUAACGUAGACCAAACAGAGGAUUGUCCUCUUCUUCAGGAGUCUCCUCAACCCGUGUAUAACGGCCUGGUGUCCCCGGAUACCCCAGAGAGUGAGGAGGAGAGUGGAGCUCUGACCUGGAAGGUGGCUGAAAUAAAGACUAAAGCAUCCGAGUCUGAGACGAAAAGCUUUGAUGGCCAGGAGGAGCUAUCGCCAGAGGAGCAGAAGAAUCAGGAAAGGAGUCAAGUAGAAGUGACAGAGGAGGCGCAGGGCAGGAGUUGGAAGGAGCAGAACAGGAGUUGUGGGGAGGAGGAGGUGCUGGAGAACGCCCAGUUUGGAGAACAGGAGAGUCUGAAGGAUGCCAAACUAGCAGCGGGGAACCUCCUGGUGAACCCCCUGGACCCACUCAACGCAGACAGACUGAAGGUCAAGAUAGCGGACCUGGGAAACGCCUGCUGGCUGCACAAGCACUUUACGGAAGACAUCCAGACGAGACAGUACCGUUCUCUAGAGGUGCUUAUAGGGUCUGGCUACAACACACCAGCUGACAUAUGGAGUACAGCCUGCAUGGCGUUUGAGCUGGCCACUGGGGACUACUUGUUUGAGCCCCAUUCCGGGGAAGAUUACUCCAGGGACGAAGACCACAUUGCAUUGAUCAUUGAGCUGCUGGGGCAAGUCCCACACAAACUCGUAACAGCUGGGAGAUAUUCCAAGGAUUUCUUCACCAAGAAAGGGGACCUGAAGCACAUCACCAAGCUGAAGCCCUGGGGGUUACUAGAGGUGCUGCAGGAUAAGUACGAGUGGUCCAAAGAGGAGGCUGAUUGUUUCGCUGACUUCCUCCUCCCCAUGCUGGAGCUGGUACCAGAGAAGAGGGCCACGGCCGCAGACUGCCUGCGCCAUCCCUGGAUCGCCCCCCAGUGACGGCCCCCAGUACUGCAAUACAAAACACCUAGGGCCUCUUCAGUAGGCAAACGUUUUUGAAUGUUGCAGCUAAUUUGAAUGACUGGAGCUGACUUAUCUCUUUUUUUUAACUUGUCAUUGAGGCAUGUUUGUUCUCCGUUACGUUCGUUCCAUAACGUUUUGCCCUGCUGAAUGCGGCCCGGUUUGCCCCUGAUGAAACCUUCCAACCACUGCAAUGUAAAAACCCGGGGCUAUGUUCAGGAGUAUGUAACAUUACUGAACGUUCAGAUAAAAAUGUAUGGUGUCGAACACAUGAUCAUCUGUCAGAGUAGGGAAUUGUGUCUGCUCUUUUCAUUACAUUUCUAUCUGCAAUAUUCAAUUUUGACAUUUUAGUCAUUUAGCAGACAUUCUUAUCCAGUGUGUCUGCUGCUAGACCAGUGUUUCCCAACUCCGGUCCUCCAGUUCCCCCAACAGCCCAACUCCGGUCCUCCAGUACCCCCGACAGCAGCCUUUUGUUGUAGACCUGGACAAACCUACCUGAUGCAGCUCAUUGAGGACCUGAUGAAUAGUUGAAUCAGGUGUGCUUAUCUGAGAAUGUGUACUCUGGUGGAGUUAGGAAAUACUGUGCGAAAUGACUCCAAAUGUGAAAGUAGCGUUUCACGUCCCUGAAUUACAACCCUAGAUGUAUACCCUCUAGUGGAGGCAUCUGGCCACUGGGAUGCAAAUUAAACCUCUUACAAGAGACUUGUUGCAACAGAUCACUUUCCAAUUGGAUCAUCUGAGAUGGCUAUUUAUUUUUGGUUUGUAUUCUUACAUUUUGUUAUUAUUAUCAUCAUCCUAUAUUUGUUUCUCCUUUUUUUUUUGUACUGAUGUUUAAGAAGCCAGUAGACAACAUUGACCAUAAACCAAUCAUUUUGGUGUUCCAGAAUUCUGUGCUCUGUACACUUCUCACCCAUAUACACUAUAUAUACAAAGUAUGUGGACACCCUUUCAAAAUUAGUGGAUUCGGCUAUUUCAGCCACACCCGAUGCUGACAGGUAUAUAAAAUCAAAGCGCGCAGCCAUGCAAUCUCCAUAGACAAACAUUGGCAGUCGAAUGAAUGGCCUUACUGAAGAGCUCAGUGACUCAACGUGGCACCGUCAUAGGAUGUCAUUUUUUUCCAACAAGUCAGUUCGUCAGAUUUCUGCCCUACUAGAGCUGCCCCGGUCAACUGUAAGUGCAGUUAUUGUAGAAAUGUCUUGGAGCAACAACGGCUCAGCCACGAAGUGGUAGGCCACACAAACUCACAGAACAGGACCACCGAGUGCUAAACCGCGUAAAAAGCAUCUCUCCUUGGUUGCAACACUCACUACCGAGUUCCAAACUACCUCUGGAAGCAACGUCAACUCCAUAUUUAAUGGUUUUGGAAUUGAGAUGUUCGUUGAGUAGGUGUCCACAUACUUUUGGUUAUGUAGUGUAAGAUAACUUGUGAUUCCCACCACCAUCUUGCUUUGUUCUACCCCAGCACAAGACCCUGGAGCAGAACAAGAUCAAGGAACUGUAGUCACUAGUGCCCUCCACCACUUUUGUAACCCUGUCUCUGUCAUCUAACUUGAUACCACUUGGUUUUUUCCUCUGAUAAAGGCAAAGAGUACAAAUGUGUUACAAAACAAAAUGCCUUAUGGGUAAAGGUGUAUUAGGAAGUUGCACAGAAGGCAAACGAACAUGAACGAACAUGUAGGUUGCAGUCUGCUCUUUUCUGACUGAACUAUUUCUACUUCUAAACAGGAAAUACCUUAGAGGACUGUCUAGCUGUUCCGAUCAGUAAAACUCACACCACCUUGUUUGUACAGAAUCCGUUAUUCUACUACCUUGUCAUUGAUUCAUUCUCAUCGGAUUAGAGACUGGUUUUCUCAUGUUUUGUGGGUUUCAUUAAGUAAUAUUAUGUUCUUAAGAGCCCCAUCCAAAAUAAGAGAUUUUGAGAGAAAAAAUAAAAUUGUGUGUGUAUAUAUACCUGUACCAAAGAGUUUGCCUUGUUCUGUAUAUUACAGCCAUGUACAGUUUUUAACAAAUCCUAGGAUGUGUCUGAAAUCGCACCCGCUUCCCUUUACAGUGGAUUCGGAAAGUAUUCAGACCCCUUCACUUUUUCCACAUUUUAUGUUACAGCGUUAUUCUAGAAUGGAUUCAAUUUGAAUUUUUCCCUCGUCAAUCUACACACAAUACCCCAUAAUAACAAAGCGAAAAUAGGUUUAAGAAAUGUUUUCACAUUUAUUUAAAAUAAACGAUCAAAUUUACGUAAGUAUUCAGAUCCUUUUCAGUACUUUGUUGAAGCACCUUUGGCAGCGAUUAUAGCCUCGAGUCUUCUUGGGUGUGACGCUACAAGCUUGGCACACCUGUAUUUGGGGAGUUUCUCCCAUUCUUCUCUGCAGAUCCUCUCAAGCUCUGUAAGGUUGGAUGGGGGAGUGUUUUGCAGCACAGCUGUUUCCAGGUCUCAAGGACAUUCAGAGAGUUGUCCCGAAGCCACUCUUGCGUUGUCUUGGCUGUGUGUGUAGGGUUGUUGUCCUGCCAUUCAGGCCAAAUAGUUCAAUCUUGGUUUCAUCAGACCAGAGAAUCUUGUUUCUCAUGUUCAGAGUCCUUUAGGUGCCUUUUGGCAAACUCCAAGCCGGCUGUCAUGUGCCUUUUUACUGAGGAGUGGCUUCUCUUUGGUCAUUCUACCAUAAAGGUCUGAUUGGUGGAGUGCUGCCGAGAUGGUUGUCCUUCUGGAAGAUUCUCCCAUCUCUACAGAGGAACUCUGGACUCUUGUCAGAGUGACCAUCGAGUUCUUGGUCACCUCCCUGACCAAGGCCCUUCUCCCCUGAUUGCUCAGUUUGCCAGGGCGGCCAGCUCUAGGAAGUGUUGGUGGUUCCAAACUUCUUCCAUUUUAAGAUUGAUGGAGGCCACUGUGUUCUUGGGGACCUUCAAUGCUGCAGACAUUCUUUGGUACCCUUCCCCAGAUCUGUGCCUCGACACAAUCCUGUCUCGGAGCUCUACUGACAAUUCCUUCGACCUCAUGGCUUGGUUUUUGCUCUGACGUGCACUGUCUACUGUGGAACCUUAUAGACAGGUGUGUGCCUUUCCAAAUCAUGCUUUAUCAAUUGAUUUUACUACAGAAGGACUCCAAGUUGUAGAAACAUCUCAAGGAUGAUCAAUGGAAACAGGAUGCACCUGAGCUCUAUUUUGCGUCUAAUAGCAAAGGGUCUGAAUACUUAUGUAAAUAAGGUAUUUCAGUUUUUUAUUUUUAAUACAUUUGCAAAAAUGUCUAAACCUUUUUUUGCUUUAGUAUUAUGUGGGAUUGUGUGUAGAUGAGGAGAAACAUUUAUUUAAUACAUUUUAGAAUAAGGCUGUAACGCAACACUCAAGCAUCUGCAGAGAAGAAUGGAAGAAACUCCCCAAAUACAGGUGUCCCAAGCUUGUAGCGUCACACCCAAGAAGACUCGGCUGUAAUCACUGUCAAAGGUGCUUCAACAAAGUACCGAGUAAAGGGUCUGAAUACUUAUGUACAUGUGAUAUCAGUGUUUAUAUUUUAAGACAUUUGAAAACAUUUCUAAAAACCUGUUUUUGCUUUGUCAUUAUGGGGUAUUGUGAUGUCAUUAUGGGGUAUUGUGUUUAGAGAGAUGAGGGGGGAAAAAUCAAUUUAAUCCAUUUUAGAAUAAGGCAUCAACGUAACACAAAUGUGGAAGAAGUCAAGGGGUCUGAAUACUUUCCAAAUGCACUGUAUAGUGCACUCCAUGGGAAGAAAGGUGCAAUUUGGAACAGACCCUACUCUGUCUUAGCUAAAAUGAUUUAGCUGGGUAGUGAUGUUUUAAUGACGCGUGUGCAAGUGUGCUAGAUCUUUUGUACGCAUGUCCAUCAGCUGUUAAAUGGCACUGUCUCCUAGAGGUCUGAACCAAGAGCUGUAUAUCACACCAUUUUUCUUACAUGAAUGUCACUGAUUUGGCUUACCUUCCCAGGGUUACCCACUUGGUCAUUGGGUAAAAAUAUAUUCUUUUCUGGAACUACUACAUGUACCCAUCUCAUUGUUAUUAAAUUAUUAGAGAUGCACAUUGUUUUUUUUUCACCCACCAUGCAUCAUGUGCGCAAUGGUCAUGUGAGGUGAAAUGUGUAUUUUGGGAUGUGAAGCACUCCGUUUGUUUGACCUGACGAAGAUCUGUUUUGGAUGGAAGCGUUGUCAAUAAAGAUGUGUAUUGGGAGCUUUAA